CGGAGCCGGAGCCGGAGCCUGGGACUGGAAGCCCCUAUCCAUGGCCAGGUCCCCACGCCGCGCCGCGGGCCGGCGACUGCAGCUGCCACUGCUGUGCCUCCUCCUCCAGGGCGCCACCGCCAUCCUCUUUGCCGCCUUUGUCCGCUACAACCCCGAAACCGAUGCCGCGCUCUGGCACUGGGGCAACCACAGUCACGCGGACAACGAAUUUUACUUUCGCUACCCAAGUUUCCAGGACGUGCACGCCAUGGUGUUCGCGGGCUUCGGCUUCCUCAUGGCCUUCCUGCAGCGCUACGGCUUUGGCAGCGUGGGCUUCACCUUCCUCCUGGCCGCCUUCACCCUGCAGUGGUCCACGCUCGUCCAGGGUUUCCUGCACUCCAUGCACGGGGGCCGCAUCCAUGUGGGCGUGCAGAGCAUGGUCAACGCGGACUUCUGUGCGGGGGCUGUGCUCAUCUCCUUCGGCGCCGUCCUGGGCAGGACUGGGCCUGCUCAGCUGCUGCUCAUGGCCCUGCUGGAGACCGUACUGUUCGGGAUCAAUGAGUUUGUGCUCCUCAGCCUCCUGGGGGUGAGUCGGGGGGUGCCCGGUCAGGGCAAGGCCCAAGCGGGGAGAGCUUGGGGCCGGGUGGGGUGGGUGGGGGCGGAUGGCCGCCCCUACAUGUCUGCUCUACCUCCCCAGGUCAAGGACGCGGGAGGCUCCAUGACUAUCCACACCUUCGGGGCCUACUUCGGGCUGGUCCUCUCUCGGGUCCUCUACCGGCCUCAGCUGGAGAAGAGCAAACAUCGCCAGGGCUCCAUCUACCAUUCCGACCUGUUUGCCAUGAUUGGCACCAUCUUCCUGUGGGUCUUCUGGCCCAGCUUCAACUCUGCGCCCACUGGGCUGGGGGACGGGCAGCACCGGACAGCGCUCAACACGUACUACUCCCUGACGGCGAGCACCCUCGGCACCUUUGCCUUGUCGGCCCUGGUCGGGGAGCGCGGCCGGCUGGACAUGGUCCACAUCCAGAACGCUGCGCUGGCCGGAGGGGUUGUGGUGGGGACAGCAGGUGAAAUGAUGCUGACGCCCUUUGGGGCCCUGGCAGCUGGCUUCCUGGCCGGGACGGUCUCCACGUUGGGAUACAAGUUCUUCACGCCCAUCCUCGAGGCAAAAUUCAAAGUCCAAGACACAUGUGGUGUCCACAACCUCCACGGGCUGCCUGGAGUCCUGGGAGCCCUCUUGGGGGUCCUUGCGGCCGGGCUGGCCACCCACGAAGCUUAUGGAGAAGGGAAGAGCCUGGACAGCGUGUUUCCGCUAGUAGCCGUGGGCCGGCGCACUGCCACGUCCCAGGCCAUCUACCAACUCUUCGGGCUGUUGGUCACACUGACAUUUGCUUCCGUGGGUGGGGGCCUCGGAGGCCUCCUGCUGAAGCUGCCCUUCCUGGGCUCCCCCGCGGACUCCCAGUGCUACGAGGACCAAGUUUACUGGAAGGUGCCUGGGGAGCAGGAGGAGGAAGCCCAGGGCCCUCUGAGGGCAGAGGAGCCAGACAGCCGGGCCUGACUUGCUUCCAGCCCUGAGAGCGGACGCCCUGCUUUUAGAAGAUGCUGACCGGUGACCGGCGACCGUAGGGAAGUUCUUUUCUAGCUCCUGUCCCUCCUGCUGCAAGAAAGGCUGAGAGCCGUCUGCGGCCCUGGGGACAGGGCGGUGGAAGUUGGGGAGAUGGGGGGGCGCACCUGGCCGAGGUCGAGGGAGACCUCACCCCCCCACCCCUCGGCCUGUCUAGUGAGGUAGCUGAAGCAGCUGUCACCCCGGCUGUCGGGGUGAUAAACACCACCCACAGCAAGGA